AGCCCUGUUUUCUUUCAGCAGGUGUCGGUUGAAACAACAACAGCAGCAGCAGCAGCGGCAGCAGCGGUAGCAGAAGCAGUAGUCCAUGUAUUUGUCCGGACACAAGCCGACUGCGGGCCGGCUAGCUGCGUCUACCCGGCGGCUAGCUGCGUUUACCCGGCGGCUAGCGCGCCGCUCGGCCGGCAGGGGGCUACAUUCACUCACAGCUGUGUUUCUAAACGGAAGUGGACCAGACAUACACAGAGCUGCCUCUCACCCGGAAGCUACCCCGAGGGUCGACGUGCAGCACACUGGCGGCUCGGCGCAGCAAUACCACCGAUAAUUUACAACCAGUCUAGUAAAGACACCGAUCCCGAGCGUGGUGGCAGUCACAUGAUCUCGACAGAUGACUUGGAGUAUCCAAGGGAGUACCGGACGCUGGGGAACAGCGCCCGGCGCUUCUCCAACGUGGGCCUGGUGCACACGUCGGAGCACCGGCACACCGUCAGCGCCGCCCAGAGCCUGGAGGCCCUGACCAACCUGCACAAGGCCGACAUGGAACGCAAGCGGGACGCCUUCAUGGAUCACCUGAAGAGCAAGUACCAGCAGCAGCAGCAGCAGCUGCAGCACCCGCACCACAGCCCGCACCACAACCCGCCAUCGCCCUCCCCCUCCCACGCCAGCAUGAGAGGCACUUCAGAGCGCUCUGCACGUGAGCAGCAACAGCAACAGCAACAGCCCAACUACUGGAGCUUCAAGAGCCGCAGUCCACGGCAUUCCCAGUCCACCCAGUCCGGGCUUGCCGACCAGGCCGCCAAGCUCUCCUUCGCCUCGGCUGAAUCCCUGGAGACCAUGUCAGAGGCGGACAUCCCUAUCGGCUUCAACCGGAUGAAUCGUUUUCGCCAGAGCCUGCCGCUGUCCCGCUCUGCCAGCCAGAAUAAGCUGCGAUCUCCAGAUGAAUAUGCAGGCGUGCUGUUCCUGCAGUACGGGGAUGAGACGCGCCGGGUGCACAUCACCCACGAGCUGAGCAGCCUGGACACGCUGCACGCCCUCAUCGUCCACAUGUUCCCUCAGAAGUUGACGGCGGGUAUGCUGAAGUCGCCCAACACGGCCAUCCUGAUCAAGGAUGAGGCGCGCAACGUCUUCUACGAGCUCGAGGACGUCCGGGACAUCCAGGACCGCAGCAUCAUCAAGAUCUACCGCAAAGAGCCCAUCUACGCCUCCUACCCUGCUGCUCCACACCUGGCUAACGGAGACCUGAGGCGGGAGAUGGUGUACUCCUCUCGCGAAUCCUCCCCGACUCGUCGCCUCAACACGCUCCCCUCCUCGACGGCCUCGGCGUCGUCUGGCUCUCCAUCCCGCUCGCGCCUCUCCUACAGCGGGGGCCGCCCACCGUCCUUCGCCGGGCCCCACCCCCAGCACGAACAGGGCCGACACCCCCACCAUCCCUCUGCCGGUCACGGUGUCAACGCGGGCCUGUCUCCUUCACCCAGCGCCAUCCUGGAGCGCCGCGACGUAAAGCCCGAUGAAGAAGUGUCCGCAAAAAACAUGGCGUUAAUGAAGAGCGAGGGGCUGUAUGCAGAUCCCUACAGCCUGGUGCACGAGGGCCGCCUCAGCAUCGCUUCGACCCAGUCUUUGGCUGCCAUCGGAGACCCCUUUAGCUUCCCUGUUUCCAGUGGCCUGUACCGCCGUGGCUCUGUGCGAUCCCUCAGCACCUACUCAGCCGCUGCUCUGCAGGGGGACCUGGACGACUCCCUCUACAAACCCGGAGGUUCGCUCUACUCUGACACGUACUCCUCAGCCACUCUGGGGAUGGGUUUUCGAAUGCCUCCCUCGUCGCCACAGAAAAACCCCGACAUGCAGAUGAGGGACAGGGACUCGUAUUCCAGCUCGCCCAGCAGAGCCUCGCCCGUCAGGCAGGCGUUUCGCAAGGACUCAACCUCCUCCUCUGUGUUUGUGGAGAGCCCGAAGUCGAGGCCCAGCUCCAGUUCAGAGCCUCUGUGUCUGACAGCCGGGCCUGGAGAGGGUGGCAGGGCCACGCCUGGUUUUGGUUCUUCUUUGUCUGGACAAGACCCUGACAUUAGCAGGGAUCAUCGCCUGGAGCGUAUGGAGGCCAUGGAGAAGCAGAUAGCCAGCCUGACUGGCCUGGUCCAGAGUGUGCUGACCAGAGCGCCAGACAGUGACAGCACAUGCGGCCUGCUGCGUCUCUGCAUGAUGGCGGGCUGCCCUCCGGACCAAGGGACGGAGUUCUCACGGCCAUUACCUUUCUCUUCCAGCGAGAAGACCGAAACCAACAGUGACGGCUCCGCCACUGGAACUGGACGGCUGAAGCACAAAGCUCACACGCCAUCGGCACCUCUCGCGCUGAUGCCGCCGCCCUCCCUCACAACCCCGAUGAACAGCGUCAGCCGCUUGCAGAUGCAGCUCCACCUGCACGGCCUGCAGCAGAAUGCCACCGACCUGCGCAAACAGCUCAGCCAGCUGCGUAAGAUACAGAUGGAGAACCAAGAUUCGGUGAAGAUUCUGCUGAAGCGGGCCGAGGCGGAGCUGAAUGUGCGCGUCGCCGACGCCCUGAGGAAGCAGGAGGAUCCUCUGCAGAGGCAGCGCCUCCUGGUGGAGGAGGAGAGACUCAAGUACCUCAACGAGGAGGAGCUCAUCAUCCAGCAGCUCCACGACCUGGAGAAGUCGGUGGAGGAGAUCCAGAAGGAGUCAUCCGUCAACCACAAGCUCGUGACGGUGCAGGAGCUGGAGGAGAAGGCCUCCGUGCUGAGGAAACUGGGAGAAACACUCACAGAACUGAAAAAUCAGUUCCCAGGCCUGCAGAGUAAGAUGCGGGUGGUUCUCCGGGUAGAAGUGGAAGCCGUCAAAUUCCUGAAAGAAGAGCCGCACAGACUCGACGCCCUGUUAAAACGCUGCAAGACUAUAACCGAAACCCUCGCCACCAUGCGCAAACAAGCGAAUGAGGGGGUGUGGAAGAAGCAGGAGGACUUCUCCCAUCCCUCGUCGAAGCACAACGACGACUUGCGAAAGUUUGCGGACUUUGACAUUCCCACCAGCCCACCUCUCACCAUCAGUGACCUCGGGGGAGGCAACAGCCUGUCCAACUGGAGCCCCCACGCCAGCCUCAGCCGAGGCCACGGGAACCUGUCUGGUCCUCACAAGGACAGUUAUCCUCCCGUCCCCCACAAGGGCAAAGCGCUGGAGGAGCUGGAACGCCGCGCUGCUGCGGACAAAGCUUUGUCCGUAGAGGUCCGAUUGGCGGCAGAGCGGGAUUGGGAGGAGAAGCGGGCCAGUCUCACCCAGUACAGCGCUCAGGACAUCAACCGGCUGCUGGAGGAGACCCAGGCGGAAUUAAUGAAGGCCAUUCCAGACCUGGACUUUGCUGCCAAGCAGAUAAAGCCCUCCUCCGUCACGGCCUCCUCUCAGAAUCCUCAGAGUGGAGCGGCAACCCUGGAGCACCGCGUUAGCAAGCCCCAGCACAAGCUUUCUGGCAAAGAGGGCGGAUCCAGGCGCGGCUCUGAUGAGCUGACGGUGCCUCGAUAUCGCACAGAGAAACCCUCCAAGUCUCCUCCCCCGCCACCACCCAGACGUAGCUUCCCGUCUUCUCCGGGCCUGAUCACCCGCAGCGGAGAGCCCCUCAUUCCUGGAAAAUGUAUAAAGAAGUCUGAAUCUGAAGAGACUGAAGGCCAGAAGCCGCAUAUAAAACUGAGGAGGGCUGUGUCUGAAAACCCUCGUCCUGCGUCCACACCCCCCACACUGGCCUCCGGGGACCGGGAGGAAGGGGAGGAGGAGAGAAUUGCUGCCGAACUGGAGCUGUUUGUGAGAGCCCCACUCAGGCUCACACUGCCCCCAGCGUGUUCCCUGCCUGUUAGCGCUGGCAGCAGGAACAGCGUAGCCCCCUGCAGACGGGACCUGUGGCCCUCUCAGGCCCCGGGCCCUGAGGGAAGUCGCUUGUGUCCUGUCCCCCACAUCGUGCUGACGGACACAGCUUCGCCCGCCGCCUCAGAGGAUCCCGUCAGAGAUUUAGCGAAAGACUCUGUGGAAGAGGGUCCAUCGAGAGAUUUGACGAGGCAUCUUUACGAGACUCAAGUUUCAAGGGGAAGGGGUUCGUUCGGGAGCUCUCUUCAGCGAGAGCAGCGCUGUUUGAAACAGGACACAGAAUCGAAACAGGAGCUCGCCCUGCUGUUGACAGAGACGGAGGUGAGGGUGGUGUCGGCUCUCGAGGCCCGGGAGCUCAGCGAGACCACGGGAGAAAUCAUUAAGACUCUGACAAUCUCACCACAGACAAAAGAUGUCUCUGCGGUUCAGCUGGGAGAUUGGCCGCUCCUCGUGCUCUUCGGGGAGGAGACGACAGGCAGGGAGGCGUUCCGGCUGCUGUGUUCCCACCUGGAGUCGUCCAAGCCGGUGCCGAAGCCCAGAAUGAAAUCCUCCCUUCACUCCAGCAGGCAGAGCUCCCUGGUGGAGGCUCUCAGAAGAGGCAUAGCGACAGGAGACGGGGGGCUGACGCUUCAGCACAACACCGAAACUAACACAGUUCCGGAGGGGCGGCAGGGUUCGACACACGGAACUCUCGAGCCCAGUGGCUCUGCGGAGAGUCGGACGAGAACAACGGAAGACGUGCGCCGCAGCACCUACAGGAGGCUGGACAGCUUGGAGGAGACCAUCCGAGAGCUGGAGAACACCUUGAUAGAGAUCAGCGGCCAUCCGACUGCGGAGCAGCUCUACGCUGAGACAGCCGCGAAGAGCGCUCCGACCCCGGAGACCAAGAAGCCUCUGGUCCCACCCAAGCCGUCGUCUCCGAACUCGGCAUCGACCCAGGGAGGGAACGGUUCCUGCGUCGGUAAGGUUCUCCACACCUCUGCUACCUCCAAGCUGAAGCACCUGCAGCAGAACAGCACAGACAAGACUAAAGGCGGCAGGCGGGAGGACUCCCUGAGGAUCCAGGGCCAGCAGCAGCAGUGAGCGACCUCUCUGUGUCCGGCCUCUUCAGUUUUUCCUUCUUCUCGUGUUUACCAGACUGCAGAGCUACACAUUAUCCACCUCCACCCCCCCCCCCUUUACUUUUUUACAUCUGAAGUGUUUUCUCUCAAAUCUACACAGAACCCCAAUUUGUGUGAAUUCGUGUGUGUGUGUGUGUGUGUGUAUGUGCGUGUGUGCGUGUGUGCGUGUGUGCGUGUGUGUGUGUGUGUGUGUGUGAGCGAGUGAGUGUGUGCAAGCAUGCAUGCACGGGCAUGUUUGACUGUAAUGUUAAGGGAAGGUGCUGCGGGGGACGUUGCCCAGCCACAACAAAUUUUAAGACUUUAAUUUUUCAUGAUUUUUCCCUCUUGAUCCCCUGAAAACUUCAUCUCUCUACAUUCCAACCCCCCCCCCCCCCCCCCCCCACACACACACACGCUCCCUGUCUCCUGUGUCCCCGCUCCACCUCAAGGCCUUGGGGACCAACAGAACCAGCGGCGGCAUUGAG